AUGGAGUCCAGAGAUCUCAAACCGGUGGAUAUGGACGCCAAGUCCAUAAUUUCUAUGCAAGAACUGGACCCUUCGCCUUUCAAUGACGACUCCACCCCAGAUGUCGAGUCCGAGGAGUACUUGACCAAGCCAGUUGAAGAUAAACCUCGAAGGGCAUGUGGCUUUCCAGUGCCCGCGCUAGGUCUUCGACCGCAUCGGUGGGAUGCAUUGUUAUCCGGCCUUCAAAAAUAUUCGACAUAUCCUCCGACAGCUUUCUUUGUCCUCCAUUUUGCCAACACCGCUCUUAUCCCCCUCGUGACCCAAUCGGUGCCUGCCAGUGAGCCCUACCUCCUGCUCACGCGACCAGUCUACCAGGCCCCCGGGCUUGAACAUCUCGUCCUUACUCUUCCAAUCAUCGCCCACGUUGUCUCCGGUAUCGCAUUGCGCAAUCUCCGCUCCUCGCGACGGGCAAGGUUAUACGGUGCAGAAACUCGUGCGCAACGGAACAUGCUCUCUUGGUGGCCUCGGAUUUCUCUUCAGGCUCGCUCAGGAUAUCUUGUCGCCCCGCUAAUUGGACUCCAUGCCGUUGUGAACCGUAUAACACCAGUCAUGGUGGAAGGCAGUAGCUCCGGUGUUGGACUAGGCUAUGUAGCCCAUGGCAUGGCGCGCAGCCCCGUAUUCUGGAACAUCUUCUACCUGGUAUUUGUCACCGCUAGCGUAUGGCAUUUCAUUGGUGGCUGGGCAACCUGGAUGGGCUGGCGAGUUACAAGUGCCCGGAAACAGCACACCAGUAAAGGCUCGCUGGAAGGGUUGCUUGGUUAUCCCGAGAAUCAUGACCGCGCAAAGCGACAGCGCAAGAUGUGGUGGAUGGUUAAUGGUAUUGCAGCCGCCGGUGCUGCGCUCUGGCUCGCAGGUGCUCUUGGUAUUGUUGGUCGCGCUGGUGAAGGUGUUGGCUGGGAGGCACAGGGAUGGAAUGACAUGUACAGUCAAGUACCAGUCAUCGGAGAUUGGUUCUGA